CUCUUUUACCUUCUCGUUUUGCUGUAGGCCAUAGAUCUCCACCAGCAAGAAGUGGCCAUCGUUGUGUGGCGGAUAAUGCCAACUUGUAUGUGUUUGGAGGCUACAACCCUGACUAUGUUGAGUCUGGAGGGCCAGAGAAUGAAGACUACCCCCUCUUCAGGGAACUCUGGAGGUACAACUUUGCUACAGACACCUGGCACCAGAUGGGCACUGAAGGCUACAUGCCCAGGGAGCUGGCCUCCAUGUCACUUGUACUUCAUGGCAACAACCUGUUGGUGUUUGGGGGUACUGGGAUCCCUUUUGGGGAGAGUAAUGGCAACGAUGUCCACGUCUGCAAUGUCAAGUACAAAAGAUGGGCUCUGCUCAGCUGCCGAGGAAAGAAACCCAAUCGAAUCUAUGGCCAGGCCAUGGCCAUCAUCAAUGGUUGUCUCUAUGUGUUUGGAGGAACAACUGGUUACAUUUACAGCACUGACCUCCAUAAGCUUGACCUCAACACCAGAGAGUGGAUCCAGCUGAAACCAAACAACAUGUCCUGUGACAUGCCAGAGGAGAGGUACAGACAUGAGAUCGCCCACGAUGGCCAACGGAUUUAUAUCCUGGGAGGUGGAACUUCCUGGACAGCUUAUUCCUUGGACAAGAUCCAUGCCUACAACCUUGAAACCAACACCUGGGAGGAAAUUGCCACAAAACCUCAUGAAAAAGUUGGCUUCCCAGCAGCCAGAAGAUGCCACAGCUGUGUUCAGAUCAAAAAUGAUGUGUUUGUUUGUGGAGGCUACAAUGGAGAAGUGAUUCUGGGAGAUGUUUGGAAGUUGAAUCUGCAGACUUUCCAGUGGGUCAAGCUCCCAGCUGCCAUGCCAGAACCAGUGUAUUUUCACUGUGCUGCUGUCACACCAGCUGGCUGCAUGUACGUUCAUGGAGGGGUGGUCAACAUCCAUGAGAACAAACGGACUGACUCUCUGUUCAAAAUGUGGCUGGUGGUGCCCAGCCUGCUGGAACUGUCAUGGGAGAAGCUCCUGGAGUACUUCCCUCACCUAGCAACCCUCUCCAGAUCCCAGCUUUUGCACCUUGGACUGACACAGGGACUUGUUGAGCGACUAAAAUGA